AAAAUGCUGAAAACACUAGCGAAGCGAGGGACACUCAGCCUUCUAGGGAGUAGAACAGUGGCUGUACUACCACGUAGAGCUCGUAGUUUGGCUACUGUCGCUGUCGGCGACUCACCUUCAACGUCCCCAAACAGCAUUUUCGCACCUCUCGAUACAUUCACAAGACGCCAUGUUGGACCCAGGAGUGCGGAUAUCGACGCUAUGCUCGCUAGCGUCGGCUACGACAGCCUUGAAGCAUUUGUCGCCGACGCCGUGCCUAGCAACAUUCGCAUAGAAGAAACUAUCAACGAUGAAGCUAUCCCGCCUUUGUCUGAAUCUGAGUUGUUAGCCAGAGCGAAGGAAUUGGGUAGCCAGAAUAAACUAUUCAAAUCCUGGAUUGGUAUGGGUUAUCAUAAUGCCGUUACACCCCCAGUUAUACUUAGAAAUAUCACUGAAAACCCUGCCUGGUAUACUAGCUACACACCUUAUCAGCCAGAAAUAUCGCAGGGAAGGUUAGAAUCUCUUCUCAAUUACCAGACAAUGGUUUCAUCCCUCACUGGUAUGGACAUAGCAAAUGCUUCUCUUUUAGAUGAGGCAACUGCAGCAGCCGAGGGUAUGGUGUUGGCAUUUGGAAAUGCAAAGGGAAGCAAGCGCACUUUUGUGGUCGAUAAUGGUGUUCUCCCUCAAACCCUUGCUGUUUUGCACACUCGCGCUAAGGGUCUCAAUAUAAAUGUUGUCAAGGGCGACGUCAAACAGUUAUUAGAAAAUAAUGAAAUCCGAGAUGACCUUGUUGGUGCGCUCUUCCAAUAUCCUAACAUUGACGGUGCAAUUGAGAACUAUUCAUCGUUAGUUGAUGACAUCCAUAGUCUCAAAGGAUUGGUCGUCUGUGCUACAGAUCUGCUAGCUCUCACUAUGCUUAAGCCUCCUGGUGAAUUUGGCGCGGACAUUUGUGUUGGUAAUUCCGCAAGAUUUGGUGUUCCAUUAGGUUACGGUGGUCCACAUGCUGCGUUCUUUGCUUGUUCAGAUGCCCUCAAGCGUAAAAUGCCAGGUAGAUUGAUUGGUGUUUCAAAAGAUUCAGAUGGGAAGAUAGCCUACAGAUUGGCUUUGCAAACGAGAGAGCAACAUAUUAGGCGUGACAAGGCUACCUCUAACAUUUGUACCGCUCAAGCCUUGUUGGCAAAUAUGGCAGCCAUGUAUGCCGUCUAUCAUGGUCCUCAAGGUUUACGUCAAAUCGCUGCGAAAGUACACGCCCUCACUCGCGUCCUCAAAGCUGGUAUCGAAAGAGAGGGCUACGUUGUCAAGAAUAAAGACAGCUUCUUCGAUACUCUCACAAUAGAGGUUGCCUCAGCUGAGGCCACCCAUGCAUCUGCAUUAGCCAAUGGUGUCAACUUGAGACGUAUUGAUGAGCACACCCUGGGUGUAACUCUAGAUGAGAGCGCUACAGAAAGGGAUAUACUCACUCUCAUGGAGAUCUUCUCCCAAUCGAGAGCCCAAAGAGGAUUAGAAGCCUCACAGGCCGCCAAAGAUCUCACUAGACCCCAAGUACUAGAGGAGAUUGCUCUUAAUAUGAACCUUAAUAGAGAUACACUUCCUACACUAGAGAUCGUCUCGGAGAAAGAGCUGCAAAGGACUAGUAAGUAUCUCCAACAUGAUACAUUCAACAAGCACCAAUCAGAGACUGAGUUACUGAGAUACAUCUACCACCUUCAAAACAAAGAUCUCUCACUGGUCCAUAAUAUGAUCCCUCUUGGUAGCUGCACGAUGAAGUUGAAUUCUACCAGCUCAAUGAUUCCAUUUACCCAACCUGAAUGGGCGAAUGUACAUCCAUUUGUACCAAUUGAUCAGGCGCAGGGAUACAGCAAAAUGAUCAGAGAACUUGAGGAUGACUUGGCUGCUAUUACAGGCUUUAGUGCUACUUCAUUACAACCAAAUAGUGGUGCACAGGGUGAAUUUGCUGGCCUUUCAGUUAUUAAAGCAUACCAUGAAAGCCGAGGUGAUGGAGAAAAAAGAAACAUUUGUUUAAUUCCAAUUUCUGCGCAUGGUACAAACCCAGCAUCGGCUGUUUUGGCAGGUAUGAAGGUUGUCCCAAUCAAGACACUCAAAGAUGGUAGAUUAGAUUUGGAAGAUCUCAAUGCUAAGGCUGUACAACAUAGGGACAAUUUGGCAGCUUUCAUGGUCACUUACCCAUCCACAUUCGGUGUAUUCGAAGAGGGCGUGCAAGACGCUUGCAAGAUUGUCCACGAUAAUGGUGGACAAGUUUACCUCGAUGGUGCAAACCUCAAUGCGCAAGUUGGAUUAACGAAUCCAGCUACUUGCGGUGGUGACGUUUGUCAUUUGAAUUUACACAAAACAUUUUCAAUUCCACAUGGUGGAGGUGGUCCAGGAGUAGGACCAAUUUGUGUGGCCGAGCAUCUUGUCAAUUUCCUCCCUGGACACCCUCUGUCUCCUCACGGAACAUCUUCAUCACUGACUCCAAUAAGCGCAGCUCCGCAGGGCAGUGCGUCUAUAUUGACGAUUAGUUGGGCAUACAUCAAGAUGCUUGGUGGUAAGGGACUCACAGAUUCAUCCAUGCUUGCGCUCCUCAAUGCAAACUACAUCAAGAGCCGUCUUGAGAAGCAUUUCAAUGUACGUUUCGUGAACUCCAAGGACAAAGUAGCACAUGAGUUGCUACUCGAUUUGGCUAAUUUCGAAGAAGUUGGUUUGAAAGUCAUGGAUUUCGCAAAACGUUUACAAGAUUUCGGGGUACACCCACCUACUUGCUCAUGGCCAAUUACUUCAGCCAUGUUGAUUGAGCCUACUGAAUCGGAAAACAAGGAGACUUUGGAUAGGUUCAUUGAUGCACUUAUACACAUUAAGGGCGAAGCGGAUGAUAUUGCUUCAGGUAAAGCAGAUCGCAAUAAUAAUGUAAUUAAGAACGCACCCCAUAGUCAGGCAUCAGUCGCUUGGUCAGAUGAGAAGUGGAAUGCUAGCCGUCCAUAUUCUCGCCAAGAGGCUGUAUACCCACUUCCAUAUCUCUAUGAGAGUAAGUUCUGGCCAGCUGUUGGCAGAGUUGAUGACGCAUACGGUGAUAGGAAUCUCACCUGUAGUUGUCCAUCAGUGGAGGAAAUGGCUGAGUAGAGUGCUUGUUGCACCACCUAUUGUGCUUUUAACACAGUACAAUGUUUAAACCUCAACGGUUUUCUUAUUUUCUUUUUUUAGGUAUUAUUAGAUAACGACAUAUUACAAUUUCUCAUUUGAGCUAACGAAAAAUCGCAUGUCAUAGCAUUCAACUGUAUUUUAGAGUUAUUUC